AUGAGACCAAGGGCUUCUACUUUCACUUCCCUCCAUAAUCAUAGACGAAAAUUCCCACAUCUAUUCUUCUUCUCAACCAUUGAACCAAAUCAAAACCCUCAAUCUUUCAACAAAGCCCUACAAAAAUCCCUAAAUCAUUUUUUCCCUCAAUUUUUAUCUCUUGCUAAAACCCUAAAUCAAAACCCAAGAGACUUCAAAUCCCUUUCUCAAUUAAACUCCUUACUAUCUCACACCCAAUUGUUUGAUUCAUGUACCUCAAUUGCCAUCAUCGAAGGUCUUUGUCAAUUAAAAAAACUCAUUAGGGCUAAAGAUUUGAUCUCUCACUUGAAGGACAAUUUAAAGGUAUCACCUUAUUUUGCAUUUAGUUUAGUGUUUGAUUGUUUGGUAAAAGAUGGAAAAUUGGAUGAUGUUGAAGUUCAAUGGGGCGAAAUUAGUAAAGGGUAUGGAAUUAAUUUGUCAAAUUAUGUGAUUUAUGUGUGUAAAUUUUGUGAUUUGGAUGAGAUUAAGAAUGUUUGUUCUAGGGUUUUGAAGGGUAGUAGGGUUUUAGGGAGGCAAUGUUAUGUGGCAUUAAUUGGGGUUUUAUGUAGCUAUAAUGAAGGAUUAAUGGCAAAAUUGGUGCUUAAUGAAAUGUAUUGUAGGGGUUUUAAGAUUGAUGAUGUUACUUACAUUGUGUUAUUUCAAUGCUUUUGUAGGAUUGGAGAUUUAGAUAAUGCUGAUUGGGUACUUAGAAAUUUCAUUAAAGAGGGUUUUGAUGUUGAUAUAUCUAUAUAUGGAAGUUUUAUGCAGGGUCUUACUAAAUUAGGAAAGUUUAGGGAGGCUAGAAAGUUAUGUAACAAGUUAUUGAAUAGGGAUUGUGCUAGUGGUUCUAAAGAUGGGUCGUUGAAAAGAGGAAGAAGGGUGAUUUUCCAGCUGAAUUAUAAGGGUGGAAUACACGAAAUGAUGGUAUACGAGAUGUAUUUUCGAGCUUUAUGUGAUGUCGAAAAGCUCGAUGAUGCUGAGUUGUUGUUGAAGAAGAUGAUGAAAUCAAGAUUUGUAGCACAAGUUUGUGUGUAUGGAUGUUUCGUUAGGGCAUUGUUUAGGGCCGGUAGGGAGGAAGACGCUCUUAAGUUUUUCGAGAUUGAGUGUAAGAAAGGGCUCGUGUGCUUCGAUGAGCUUGCUCGAUAUGUCAUUGUGGAGCUAUGUGAGUCGGGUGAAGUUGACAAGGCGAUGAAGGUUUUUGACGAAUUUAGAAGGAAAGACGGGUUUAUUAACACCGUAAUGCUUUGUAAUGUUGUGUUGAGUAGUCUUUGGAAUGCCGGGAAGGCGAUAGAAGCAGAGAAGUAUUUCGAGGAGAUGAAGAACGGGAAUUUAGAACCGCCUAAUACAACAACAUAUAGGCUUAUGGUUUCCGGGUUUUGUAAUCAGGGAAAUGCAAGAAAAACACUCGAUUUAUUCAAAGAAAUGCGGUCGAAAAGAAUGCCUAUCGAUAGGUUCGUGUAUGAAGCAGUUAUAAACGCGCUUCACAAACAAGGGUUGUUUGCUGAAGCAUAUGAACUCCUUGAUAGUAUGACUAAAUCAAGUGAUUCUAUGGUUUCUUAUACAAUUUGGAAAAGAGUGUUUUACUCAUUGAUGGAUGAUGGAGAUUAG